GUAAUAACCUCAAAGGCUCAAAGAAACAGAGCAAAAAAAAAACAGAGUAAUACACAUGUCGUCUUGUUUCGAAUACUCUGUUUCUCUGAUCUCAGUGUUCUUCUUUAUAAUCUUAAACACAGCUUCUUCUGCCACAGUUCCAACUUAUCUCUUCCACAUAUGUCCAAACACAACAACAUUCACAAGAAACAGCACUUACUUAACCAAUCUCCGAACCGUUCUCUCAUCUCUCUCCUCUCCAAACGCAGAUUACGCCUCACGUUUUGAUAACGCAACCGCUGGUGAUGAUAACAACAACAGAGUAUAUGGCGUUUUCCUCUGCCGCGGAGACGUCUCAGCAGAGAUUUGCCGUGAUUGCGUCGCGUUCGCGGCCAACGAAACGCUCCACAGGUGUCCAAGAGAGAAGGAGACGGUGAUCUGGUACGACGAGUGUAUGGUAAGAUACUCUAAUCAAAGUAUCGUAGGUAAAAUGAGGGUUAGGCCUGCUGCUUUCUUGUACAACAAGCAAAACGUUACAGAGAGCCAACUUAGCCGUUUCAACGAGUCUUUGGCUGCUUUGUUGAUCGAUGUUUCGGUAAAGGCAGCUUCGAGCUCGACAAAGUUUGCUACGGAGAAAGCGAACUUCACGGUUUUUCAGACCAUUUAUAGCCUUGUGCAGUGCACGCCAGACUUGACGAAUCUUGAUUGCGAAAGCUGUUUGAGACAAACAAUUGACCGGUUGCCUAUAUGUUGUGAUCGACGAAUUGGCGGGAGAGUAAUCGCUUCGAGUUGUAGCUUUAGAUAUGAGCUUUAUCCGUUUUACAAUGAGACCAUUACUGCGGCUGCUCCGCCACCUAGUGUGUCUGCCCCACCGCCGCAGCUUUCUUCCCAGCCUCCAGGGAAAGGCAAGAGCUCAACAGUGGUAGUAACCGCGGUUGCUGUACCGGUCUCUGUAUGCUUGUUACUUCUUGGUGCUGCAUGUUGUUUACUAGCAAGAAGAAGAAGAAGGAAUAAGCUCAGUGCUGAAGGAGAGGAUCUAGAUGAAGAUGGUAUUACAUCAACCGAAACACUACACUUCCAGUUUAGCGAAAUCGAAGCAGCAACAGAUAAGUUUUCAGACAGUAACAAGCUUGGUCAUGGCGGGUUUGGUGAAGUGUUCAAGGGACAGCUCAUAACCGGAGAAACAGUAGCCAUAAAGAGACUAUCUCGAGGCUCGACACAAGGAGCAGAAGAAUUCAAGAACGAAGUUGACGUGGUCGCCAAGCUACAGCACAGGAACCUUGCUAAGCUUUUGGGAUAUUGUUUAGACGGAGAAGAGAAGAUACUUGUGUAUGAGUUUGUACCAAACAAAAGCCUUGACUACUUCCUGUUCGAUAAUGAGAAGAGCAGACUUUUGGAUUGGCAAAGAAGAUACAAGAUCAUUGAAGGGAUAGCUCGAGGAAUACUGUAUUUACAUCGAGAUUCACGGCUUACAAUCAUUCACCGUGAUCUUAAAGCAAGCAACAUACUCUUAGAUGCAGACUUGAGUCCCAAGAUCUCAGAUUUUGGUAUGGCAAGGAUCUUUGGUGUUGAUCAAACUCAAGCCAAUACUCAAAGAAUCGUCGGUACAUAUGGAUAUAUGUCGCCAGAAUAUGCAAUCCACGGGCAGUACUCUGUGAAGUCAGAUGUUUAUAGCUUCGGAGUCUUGGUUCUUGAACUCAUUACCGGCAAGAAAAACAGUAGCUUCUAUGAAGAAGAUGGUCUUGGAGAUUUAGUCACAUAUGUGUGGAAGCUAUGGGUAAAUAAUUCACCAUUGGAGUUAGUAGAUGAAGCGAUGAGAGGGAGUUUUCAGACAAAUGAAGUGAUAAGAUGCAUUCACAUUGCUUUAUUAUGUGUUCAAGAUGAUUCUUCCGAGAGACCAUCAAUGGAUAACAUUCUUGUGAUGAUGAACAGCUUCACUGUUACUCUACCGAUUCCAAAACGGUCUGGACUUCAUCUCCGAACCAUGAGAGACCCAAGAGUUCAACAGUCAGGAGCUUCUCCGUCUGAUCAAUCUUUGACAAGCAAGUCUGUUGAUGAUUCUUCAAUCACUAUUGUUUAUCCCCGUUGACUUUUUCCAUGUAUUCUAACAAUGUUGUGUUUAAACUAUGUGGAACAGAACAAGAAGUAUUUACUAAA